ACCCUAGAUUCCUUCGAAUCUUAUGUUGCUUAUUUCGCCCUAAACCCAUGGCAGCGGGAGGAGGAAAUGGGAAGGCGCAGGGCGGGCAUUCCUCGCGUCUCCCUUCGCAGGAGAUGCUCGAUGAUCUUUGCAGCCGGUUCGUGCUCAAUGCGCCCGAGGAGGAACUGGAAUCUUUCGAGCGGAUCCUCUUCUUACUGGAGCAAGCUCACUGGUUCUACGAGGACAACACCAUGGAGCAGAAUGCUUCCUUGAAAUCGCUAACAUUGCGAGAGUUCACUGCUCUCAUGUUCCAAAAAUGUGUCGCGCUUCGUCCAUACAUCGCACACUUCGAUGAUAUCUACAAGAACUUUACAAGCUACAAGACGAGUGUGCCUGUUACUGGUGCGAUCAUCUUGGACGAGUCUUAUGAAAGAUGUCUCAUGGUCAAGGGAUGGAAACCGGGAGCUAGCUGGACUUUUCCCAGAGGCAAGAAGAACAAGGACGAGGAGGAUCACAACUGUGCUAUCAGAGAGGUUUGCGAACUACUUGACGUUUGCUCACUAACUUGUUCUUUUAUCAAGGUCUGGGAGGAAACUGGAUUCGACGUCUCAGAGCUCAUCAGAACUGACGAUCACCUGGAAGUUGUCAUCGGGCAGCAACGGAUGAGACUCUUCAUCGUCGGUGGCGUUCCAGAAGAAACGCUCUUCAUUCCUCAGACAAAGAAAGAGAUUAGUGAGAUAGCUUGGCAUCGGAUAGAGGACUUACCCAAGCACAGUAAUGAAUCGUCACACAACAGGGGACCAACGGGGCUCAAGUACUAUAUGGUGUGGCCAUUUCUCAGGCCCCUUCAGGCAUGGAUUGUCAAGAACAGGCCAUUGAUAACACUGAAGAGCGACAAUGGAAGCAAAGGAGUGACAGUGUGGAAAGCAAAUACGAGCGGGCACACAACAUUCUCGACACCCAUUAUGGUGAGCCACAGCGUCACGGUUGUGGCAGUGAAGGAGACAACGAGCACCAGCUUCGUAGAUCUCCCAGGCAAGAGCUUCCGGAACUUUCGAUUCGACGUGCCGCAUAUUGUGUCUCAUAUAGUCUAGACACAGCUUCUCUAAGCACACACAACUUCUCUAACCAUAUAACUCUCUGUGAAUUAUCAAAUGUUACACUAAGCAAGUCCCUAAUAAGAUUUAUAAGCUGCUGCGUUGCGUUC